AUGUCGGCCUUUCGAGCCGCACCGCCGGGCGUGUUUGAGCUUCAGCGUAGUAGCUCUUUCCAAGCCUCUAAGGCUCCCGCACACCGAUACGCGCCUGAAGAGGGCCAGAGAAAGGCUUCGAAUUCGGAGGUACGAGAAACGGAGUACGACUACGAAGAUGAAGAGGUAGACGAGUCUGUUCGAGAAGACAUGACAAAGUUGGAAGACACAUUUCCUGGCAUUUCCGAACGCUUUAGACUGGUGAAUCGAAUCGGAGAAGGGACAUUUUCAACCGUUUAUAAAGCCGAAGAUCUCUUGUACGACCAUUAUGACAACGACUGGGACAUAUUCGGGCAAGCACAGCAAAAGGAAGCAUGGGUCAGUCCACCUUCGAAACGGCGUCGGGUUAAUGGUGAGCAAACAGCUCGCCGGAAUUGCCGUUACGUGGCGUUGAAGAAGAUUUAUGUCACCAGCAGCCCUAUUCGGAUCCAAAAUGAGCUUGAAUUGCUCCAUGACCUCCGCGGUUGUCGAGCGGUGUGUCCUCUCAUCACAGCAUUCCGAUACCAGGAUCAGGUCGUGGCCGUGCUUCCUUAUUUUCCUCACACCGAUUUCCGUAUUCAAUACCGAACCUUUAUGGUAGCGGACAUGCGUCACUAUCUUCGGUCGUUGCUUACUGCUUUACAAUCUGUUCAUGAACAUGACAUAUUACACCGGGAUAUCAAGCCAACAAACUUCCUUUACAACCCAGAAUUGAAGGAAGGUGUCCUUGUAGACUUUGGACUCGCGGAGCGGCAGGGUUCAGAAUACACGAGUGCAUGCCUCUGUACUCAUCAAUCAUACGUCCGUCGCAGUCGAAUUGUAUCCAGCCACUACUCCAAGAAUCCACCUUCAUCAGGACUUUCGGCUGGAUACCCCAAAAAUGAUUCUCGGCCAUCAAGGCGGGCAAAUCGUGCUGGGACUCGAGGAUUUCGAGCGCCCGAGGUGCUUUUCAAAUGCACAUCCCAAACAACCAAAAUUGAUAUGUGGUCUGUCGGUGUGAUUCUGCUCACUUUGCUCGGUCGUCGCUUUCCCUUCUUCAACUCGGCCGACGAUAUUGACGCUAUGAUUGAAAUGUCGAGCAUCUUCGGCAUUCGGCGCAUGAAAGCAGCGUCGGCUAUGCAUGGCCAAAUUUUUGAAACCAACAUUCCUACCAUUGGGGAGAAAGGUUACAGUUGGGAGAAGCUGAUCAAAUGGUCCAGUUGUGUAGAGGAUCUUACUGAAAGCGAGCUCCAAGCUACACGUCUUCUUUCGGGACUGAUGGAACUGGAUCCAAACAAGCGUUUCAGUGCAGAAGAAGCACUCCAGCAUGAGUUUUUCACCAAUCCUGUUCAUCACGAUGUUAAAUGGGGAGGCAACCCGGACAGUGCCGACUCGGCGAGGACGAUGAGGCCGUGGAAGAAGAAGAAGAAGAUGAAGUUGCGAUGCUAUGAUGAUCAAUGUCCGUACAACGUAUAA